AUGAGUUUCGGUGCUAAGGUCUCGAAGUUUUUGAAAUUUCUGGAAAUCCCUGUUGAAAAUAGAAACUCCAUCAGUUUUUUGAAGAACCCAGAUUUGCAGCCAAUUAAGGCGGAACACCAAACAUGGGGGUUCUGGUCCAAUUUCGCAUACUGGGGGGUUAUGUCCUUCUCUGUGGGUACUUGGCUUUGUGCCUCGUCUGCAUUGACCUCUGGGCUGAGUUAUCCAGAGACUAUUGGUACGUUUAUUAUCGGUGAUGUGUUGACUAUCGUAUUCACCCUGGCCAAUUCAAGUCCUGGUUACGACUGGAAGGUUGGUUACACGUUGGCUCAGAGAUUUGUCUUCGGUAUCAAUGGUUCCGCUUUCGGUAUUAUCAUCAGAGUUUUGAUGAGUAUUGUCAACUAUGGUUCCAACGCUUGGUUGGGUGGUCUUUGUAUCAACAUGAUCUUAGAUUCCUGGUCUCAUCACUAUUUGCAUUUACGUAACACUUUGUCCCCAAGUGUCGCCAUGACUACUAAGGAGUUGAUCGGGUUCAUUAUUUUCCACGUCCUCACUGCCUUCUGCUACCUAAUGAAGCCCUACCGCAUGAACUAUAUGUUGAUCUGGUCAUGUGUGGCCACCUUCUUCUCCAUGCUGGGUAUUGUGAUCUAUUUGACCCACCAAGCUGGCGGUGUUGGUGACUCGUUCGCCUCUACGAAGUCAACCCUCACUGGUUCUAAAAAGGCUUGGGCUUGGGUCUACAUGAUCUCAUACUGGUUUGGUGCCGUCUCUCCAGGCUCCACCAACCAGAGUGACUACUCGAGGUUUGGUUCUUCCCAAACUGCCAUCUGGCUCGGUACCAUCUGUGCUCUAAUGAUCCCGAGCACUUUGGUUCCAGUAUUUGGUCUCAUUGGUUCUUCCACUACCGAAAAGCUAUAUGGGAAACAAAUAUGGAUGCCUAUGGAGAUUUUCGACUACUGGUUAAAGGACAACUAUUCUGCAGGUGCCCGUGCUGGUGCCUUCUUCUGUGGUGUUUCCUUCGCCAUGACCCAAAUUGGCUACAACAUCUCCAACUGUGGGUUUGCUAGUGGUAUGGAUUUGGCUGGUUUGUUGCCCAAGUACUUCGAUAUUAAGAGAGGUGCUAUUCUAACUGCAUGUCUCUCCUGGGCUUGUUUGCCCUGGAACUUCUACAACUCUUCGUCUACUUUCUUGACUGUCAUUAGUUCUUUCGGUGUCGUUAUGACUCCUAUCAUCUCUGUCAUGGUCUGCGAUAACUUCUUGAUCAGAAAGAGACAAUACUCCGUCACCAAUGCCUUUAUUCUUAAGGGUGAAUACUAUUUCAGCAAGGGUGUUAAUUGGAGAGCCAUCAUCGCCUGGGUUUGUGGCAUGACUCCCGGUUUACCAGGCAUUGCCUGGCAAGUCAAUAACAAUUAUUUCCACAACGCCGGUAUUGUAAACUUCUACUACGGUGAUUCAUUCUUCUCAUUUUUGAUCUCGUUCUUUGUCUAUUGGGGGCUAUGUCUAGUGUUCCCUAUGAAAAUCGUUGUCAGACAUGAUGACAAGGAUUAUUAUGGUGCAUUUACUGACGAAGAAGCAAGAAAGAAGGGCUUGGUCCCAUUCAGCGAAAUCUCUGAAGAAGAAAUCACUGCUUACACAUUAGGCAAAGGAUACACUACUGGCCAUGAAUUCAGACCUGACGGAUCCGGCGACGAAACACCUGAAUUAGCCAAAACUAGCUCUGAAAACACCAUCGAGUUUGAAAUAGUUCAUCAAAAGCAAGAUGAAAACAAGUCAUCUACCGCCAGUGAAAGAGCUGACUAA